AUGGCAGGAGAAUCAACAAUACAAAGUGAAAAGUUUAUCGAGAAGAAUAGUUUUGGACAAUGGAAAAUUAAGAUGAAGGUUCUAUUAAAAAAAACAUCAAAUAUAGCGCCCGUUGAUUCAGUAGAGUACAACAUCUACAUUGAGGUCGGGAGACUGAGACGCGUAGUGAGAAUAAAUGGAAGGGAAGGGGACGACGACGGAAUCGUGGUUGAAGCUGGAGUCAUUGUAAAUGACAAAGUCGCUAACCAACAAGCUUUUACCGAAACAACAGUUGUUUUGCCGUCAGAUGCAGUCAAGUACUCCCUUACGGGAAGUCUUGAAAAACUUAACUCUAUUUUACUUGACUUGUAUAAUUUAGAUGUUAAAAUAGAAGAUGAGGAUGUUGUGUUAAUACUGCUUGUGUCUUUACCAUCUAGCUUUGAGAGCCGCGUAGAGUCUUUUGUUGUUGAUAAAGACUCAAUUACCUUAGAAGAAGUUUAG